AUGAGCACGGUCGUGCUGCAGGCAGCUGACGUGGUCAGACAGCGUCAUGUACAUGCUUCCUGUGGCCAUGCCGAAAAGCAAGGGCCACAGCGGCGAUCGAGCGGUCACUUGAUGACCGCGCUUUUGACCUCUGACGACCAAAGCCAAAACUAUUCAAGACAUCAUCUUGCCGAAAUCCGGAGCGCUCGGCCUUUGUGUUUCACUACCACACCCAACCUCCUCCGUUUCGGCUUUGCUUGCUUGCCGACAACAUACUCGCUUCUGGUGGCAGCGGAAGCAACAACGCCGGAGCUAGUGUCUCUCUUCCGUCCUUUUCACACCUCCAUCUCCUUCGACUAA